AUGGGUUGCACGACGGGCGCGCCAGUGAAGCACGAGGUCAAAUUGGAGGCGCUCGCAGACUUGCAGUCGCAGUUCCCACUUCGUCGGCCACGACUACCGGGAGAUAUACUCGUUAGUGGCAACCUGCCAUCUGACGUAGUUGGGCAGCUUGCAAGUCACUGCAGGGGUUGGUUGUAUUUAAACGAAAGCUCGGAUGAGCACUUCUACUCCACACCCAUCCGGAGUGCAGGCUGUGAGCUAGAGGUGAUCCCCUUCAAGCCUAGCAAGGACUUACCUGCCCACGCUUUGGAUGAGCUGGUUGACUGCAUCGCCAGGCUCCCUCGGCCCCUCAUGAUCCAGUGUACCAGCGCAAACCGGGCAGGCACUGCCUUGCUGGCCUUCAUGGCCAAAAGGAAUGGACACACCCCAGGUUGUGUCGAUCUGUUGGCGGAGGAUCUCAAAUUGGACACUGUGAAGCCUGAAGCGAAAGCUUGGCUCCAGUCUUACUUGCCAUCUCUGGGGAACAAGGAUGGUGAACUGUUGAUUGAGCGGUGCCCGGAGGUUCGCCAGUUCUUUGACCCUGUCUCCAGCACAUUGACCUACCUCCUUGCCUGUCCGACCACCAAGCAGGCCGUGCUGAUUGAUCCAGUCCUUCAGCUGAAAGACCGCGACCUCAAGUUCAUCAACGAUUUGGGUUUGCACCUGAAGUAUGUUCUAAACACCCAUUGCCAUGCGGACCACAUCACGUCUGGAGGGAUGAUUCGAAAGGACUUGCCUCACGUGCAAACCAUCAUCUCCAAGUCCUCCGGGGCUGAAGCAGACAUCCACAUCCAGCACGGGGACAAGGUGGACUUCGGCGAUCUCUCCCUGGAGGUCCGUGCCAGCCCAGGCCACACGGAUGGCUGCGUGACCUAUGUCCUGAGAACUCAGAUUGCCACCUUUGCCUUCACUGGCGACACGCUGCUGAUCCGGGGGUGUGGCAGAACCGACUUCCAGCAGGGUAACUCCUACACGCUCCAUGACAGUGUCCAUCAGCAGAUAUUCACUCUCCCCGAUGCCACCUUUGUCUGCCCUGGCCAUGACUACAAGAACAGGGGUGUGUCUACCGUGCAGGAGGAGAAGAUGUUCAAUCCUCGCCUGAUGAAGCAACCAGAGGAGUUUGCUAAGUUCAUGGAGAAUCUUGGCCUGCCGAACCCGAAGCAGAUCGACGUGGCGGUGCCAGCCAACAUGGCAUGUGGUGUGCAGUUUGAUCCUUCGGAGAAUCUUCCAAUCUAG